GAGGGUGAACUUUGAACUCUGACCCGGGGUCAUCCCUGGCUGCCUGUGCCUUCCCUCUGAGACUGCCUACCUGCUGUUGUUGCCGAGUCGUUUCAGCCGUGUCCGACUUUCCGUGACCGCAUUUGGGCUUUUCUUGACAAAUUAAUGGAAUGGCUUGCUAUUUCCUUCUGCUGUUCAUUUUACAGAUGAGGAAACUUGAGGCAGACAGGGUCACAUGCCUUCCCCAGGGUCACUCAGCCUUUCUGACCCCGGGCCUGGCGCUCUAUGCACUGCGCCGCCGCUAGGCCCGCCUUCCUGCUGUUUUGUAUGUGCCUCGUCUGCACGGGGCCGUUUGGCGUGUUGUCUUUAGACUGUGAGCUCCAGGAGGGCAGGUACUGGCUGUUGCCCUUGCUCGAUUCCCCAGAAAUUAGCUUGGAGCGGAGUGGGGGUGCCCGUGCAAUGAUUGCCUUCCCUUGGUCCCGCAGUAGAGAGGAGUUCAGCGUGUGAUGGGAGAGGACGGCGCCAGUGAAAGGCCGCAAACCCUCGGGCAUAUUGCUGUCAACUUGACUGAUCCUAUGUUCAGAGGAAUUUACAGAGGGAUUCAAAAACACCAAGAUGAUUUCUUGGAUAUAAUAGAAAGAGCAGUCCAGACUGGUGUUAAAAAGUUUAUGAUUACAGGUGGAAGUCUACAAGACAGCAAAGAUGCCCUGAAUUUGGCAAAGACAAAUGAUAUGUUUUACAGCACAGUUGGAUGUCAUCCUACCUGCUGUGGAGAAUUUGAAAAGAAUAAUCCUGACCUUUAUUUAACUGAGCUGCUAAAUCUUGCUGAAAAUAAUAAAGGAAAAGUUGUAGCAGUAGGGGAAUGUGGACUGGAUUUUGAUAGAUUACAGUUUUGUCCCAAAGAUACACAACUCAAGUACUUUGAAAAACAGUUUGAACUGUCAGAACAAACAAAGCUUCCAAUGUUUCUUCACUGUAGAAACUCACACACUGAAUUUUUGGACUUAAUGAAGAAAAAUAGAGACAGAUGUGUGGGAGGAGUGGUACAUUCCUUUGAUGGCACAAAGGAAGCAGCAGCUGCGUUAAUUGACAUGAAUCUUUACAUAGGAAUUAAUGGUUGCUCACUGAAAACUGAGGCCAACCUGGAAGUGUUAAAGUCAAUACCUAGUGAAAAAUUAAUGAUAGAGACUGAUGCUCCUUGGUGUGGAGUCAAAAAUACUCAUGCAGGAAUAAAAUAUGUAAGAACUUUAUUUCCCACAAAAAAGAAAUGGGAAAGUGGGAGUUGUCUGAAGGACAGAAAUGAACCUUGUAACAUUAUUGACCAGUUGAUAAAUAUUACAUGGUGCAGUGGUUCCCAACAAUUUUCAUUCCAUGAACAUCUUUCAGCAACCAAAAACUGUUGUGAACCCCCAAGUCAGAUUCUGGAGAUAAUGGCAGCAGUAAGAGAUGAUGACCCACUUGAAUUGGCCAAUACACUAUAUAACAACACCAUUAAAGUCUUCUUUAAAGAUAUGUAAAGCAGCCAUUUGUCAUAUGUGUUUCAUUGUGUAUAAAACUGAAUGGUAAAACUGUAAACCUUUAAUAAAAAUAUGAAACUUA